AUGAUGGGACCACCUCCGCCGGCAAAGAAAGAGGGCGUUCCUCCCAGAGCUCUGACUCCGCCGAAGACGAUUCCUCCACGUUUUGCUGCAGCAAAGCCGACAGGCCCGAAGAUGAACAGCGAGAUGGGCCCGCCUCCAGUGCCGCCGAGGCGGUGGGCAGAGGAAGGGCAAAAGCUCAAGGAGGAGAUGAAUGCUGCUGCCAAGGAAGCGUCGGCGAAGCUAGCGGCGCAAGAGCCCAAGGCAAUGAUGAGUGCUGCCGAGCCGGUGAAGCGGGGCUCACGGCCAAACAGGCCAAGCCAGGUCAGCAGGGAGGCGGGACGAUCCUGGGAGCGCAUGGCUGAGAAGCUCAGCGACGUCAAAGUCGAGCUGGCUACGAUGACGGCAGCGCUGGAGACCACCUGCACCGAGAAUGCGGAGCUGAAGGGCAAGAUGGCCGAGAUGGAGACGGACCAUGGCCACAAGAUAAAGUUGCUCCAGGACCAGAUCUCCCAGCUCGAGGCGGCGAACUUCCAGGUGACCACUGCCCACAACCAGCUUUUGGCCAGCUUGCCAAACUUGGGCCAAAGUGGGCAGUACAAGCAGCUCUACGAGCAGGCUGAGGCAGGCCGGGCGGAGCUCCAGAGGAGACUGGAGAAAAAUACGGCGGACAAUCUGCAGCAAAUGAAGGUGAUGCUGGAGGAGAAGCAGGCCGCGGCGGAGGAGCGGCGUGCUCAGCUGGUGAAGGAGCAUGUGCGGCAGCUCACGGACAAGGAGAAGGAGAUAAGGGAGCAAAGCCGUGAGGCGACGGCUUUGCGGGAGGAGCUGCUGCAGAAGGCAUCGCAAGCCAAAGAGCCCAGGAAGAAGGUGGAUCCGAAGCAGCCCAAGGCUGCGGCCCCGGCAAAGGUGGUGCCUGCCAAGACGAAAGCAGCGCCGAUGCCGAUGGAAGAGGCCAUCGAGAAAGAUGUGACCUUGGAAGAGUUGGUUCGAGCCUCGAUCAGAAUUGAGAUUUCGACGACAAUCAUUUGUCACAUUUUGCAGGCCCGCAAAUCUGGUGCUGGAAGCAGCAAGGCUCGAAACAACGACUGGUAUCCUUGUUCAGCCUUCAACACUGCUGAAUCUGCCCAGGACCGGCCGAGUAAGCCCUCAGCAGGGCCUGGCCCGAAGAGGCGCAAGAUGGAGCAGGCGCCGAAAUCUGAUGUCCCGGUAGUCGUGAGAUUCACUUCCAUUUGCCUCGAGGAUCGAGCGCGAAGCCCGUCUGCGGCGCCUUCUAUGGUCCCCACGGACGUCCGCCUGGCCACGUUGACUGCUGGUUCAUUUUAG